AUGAACCAACCGAGUUCAACUAGUUCGGCAACGCCAAUCAGACGUCGUCGAAUAACGAAUUCCGUUUUCGAUCGAUUUCAAGAUUUUGAGGCAGAAUCGGAAUUACAAAGCUUCGAAAUGACCGGUCAGUCAUCGUCACUGCUCACCGGCAAACGCAAGCAGUUAGAAAUGUUGUUCCGAUCUCCAAUGGAAAUUAUGCAUUUGGGUAAUUUCGAAACGGUAUAUCACGAUAGCGCCGAAGGGAAGCGAGUUUCGUCUUAUUACAAAGUACAUGAAUUCCCGUUUAUCGGAAUAAUCGAUCCUCGAACUGGCGAACUGAUGGAAGCAUUGAAAAUUGAUGACCCUCUUUGCUUUUGCGACCGCGUGACCUCAUUUCUCGACAAACAUCCGUCACUUAGUGAUUCCGUUCCAUCUCCUGACGUUCAUGCGGAUUCAGCUUCACCCGUUUCACCGCCUGAUCGGAAGCGCAAGAGAUCUCAGACGAUGGAACAACACGCUGCUGCUGAUUCCACGAAAAGUUUAUCGCAGGCCAAAGCUUCUUACGGAACACAGUUGUUGCAUAACAGUUUUUUGCAGAAUACUUUCGAAUCAAAAAUGGCCAUUCGUCGCCUGUUAAAGAUUUCAUCGAAAAAUCUGAUGGACUUGAUCAUUCCGUACGACUGUGCUCUCCAGACCGCAAAAGCGCUCGACAAGGUAGGCUUUCCUGAAUCUUUCAGUACUUCUCAUUUAAAUGGGGCAUGGAGUGAACGAUAGCA